CGUGGCACUGGCCACAUUAACUUGAACUUGAACGUCUAUGUGGCCUUCAAUUCGGUCACUAUCCCUUAGACAUUCCCCCGCCUAGACUUGUUCUUUAUUGUAUAUUAUGAUGCGCAAGGACCCUUUACGAGCGAUGGCGAAACGACGAGAUGCUGCGAACGCAGCUCUCGCAAGUCUGGCCUUGAACGGGACUGAUCACUCUGUGAAGAAGAAACGCGAGGGGAAAGAGCAGAGUGUCGUUGGACCCACCGUGCUCUCUGCGAUAGACUUGACCUUUAUUUUGGGACUGGUCUUUGGAGGCUGCUGCUCCACCGUCUGGGCCUUUGAAUACCUCCUUAAGAUCGACCCUCGCAUGGGUACUACCCUGACGUUCUCCCAAAUGCUCUUCGUCACUCUCACAACCCUCCCCUCUUUCCUCACAUGGACUCGACCAUUUCGUUUCCUUCCUCCAAUACCGCAAUUAAAAGCCCGCCAAGUACCGCUCAUACAGUGGGUCCUCCAAGUAGUAGUCCUAAUCACUGGGUCUCUGCUCAAUAACUGGGCCUUUGCUUUCCAUGUGCCACUCACACUGCAGAUCGUGUUUCGUUCUGCUGGUCUCGCGGUGUCGAUGUUAUUUGGCUAUCUCUUCAUGAGUAAACGUUAUUCGGGAAUUCAAGUGGCGGCUGUUCUCCUUGUAACUGCUGGAGUCGUCUUGGCGACUCUAUCUCGCCCCGAGGCAUCAAAAGAGGAGAAUCUUGAAUACGAUCCGGAUGAAUAUGCGCAAGGAAUAUCCAUGCUCGUCUUAUCCCUGUUCCUUACCGGCACUCUCGGAAUUCUUCAAGAAAAGACAUUCAAGAAACACGGACCGUGUUGGCGGGAAAGUGUCUUCUACACACACUUUCUAUCUCUUCCAUUCUUCCUCAUGCUCAUACCUCAGGUUAAACUUGGAUACAGCAGUUUAGCCGCCGCCGCAUACCGCCGCACGCCAACCUUUAAUCAAUCAGGUUCUGCUUCGUGGUCUCUUGAAGACUUCAUAUCUCAACAUACUCCAUAUUUCGCCCUGGCGGCGAAUCUAGUAGCCCAGCUCAUCUGCGUCUCGGGUGUCAACCAGCUCACUUCCGUGCGUCUUCUCCAGCUCCUUUUAAUUUCAGUCUAUGCAAAGUAUACUGAGAUCGUUGCCUUGCCAGUCUGUUUCUUCAGUGUCAACGAACCUGGUACUCACCAUCCGCAAGGCCCUAAGCCUUUGUUUCAGUGUAUGGUGGUUCGGCAACGAAUGGAACGCAGAGCUAGGAGUUGGCGCGGGAAUGGUGUUCCUUGGCUCGAUGCUUUAUACCACCGUUAGCUCCGAUACCUCAAGUAGAACCAAGGAUACGAAGGAGAAAGCGGAAUAGAUACACGUACUCAUACUUUAUCUUUCAAGGCGGACAUGCGACUGAACAGGUCGUAAGACAGAGUCGUACCCUGACUCACGUGGAGUGUUUAUUGACAACUAACAGCAACGAAGAGCCACCCUGAUUAACGUUUGCAUGCUUGAUUUUAGCAUCGUGUCACGGUCAUGAUGAGAGGGUAGAAGCGUAUAUCGAUAUAUAGCUAAAGACCCCUAGGACAGAAUAGGUAUGGUGAGUCCUGAGGAGAUCACUAGAACCAACCUCAAACCUCCCAAAUUCAUAGCACGCUUCCAUCUUAUUUUCAAUCAAAGCUUCGCUAACUGCGAGUAAAAGACAGUCACCUGCAUCUCAGACGCAAUGAGAUACACCGUCAAAAAGUAGUCCUAUCCAUGAUGUAUCAUGUAACCAUUGACAGAAAACGAGACAGGUCGAAAAUUGAAGAGAAAAACAAAAAGGAGAGUGGAAACCGAUACACAUGACGUCGAGGCGGCGCGAGUAAUUACCAGAGUUUGCUGUAGAUAUUACGAAUAAAUGGACACAUCGGCAAAGUGAAUGAGGAGCGAGAGAGAACGAUGAUACGAUGCUAAGUGCGAGAUAUAGACGUCGAGGGGAGGGGAAGUGGGGAGUGUGGGUGGGUAUAACGAUAUAGCGACAGAGCGAUACACGAAGGGGGGAUAUAUAGUUUGUAACGUCCAAACUCCCUUGAAUGCGCCAACCGGACCCGACACCCCAGACCCCCGUAUGUAAGGAGAGUACAAGCAUACUAGAAAGCGACGAUCAGGAAGACGAGAAGAACCAAUAUGCGCGAGGGAAGGGGGGGGAUGGGAAAGAAUGUGUUACCGCGUUAAGCGAGAGCACGGAGAAUACCAUGAGAAAAUGAGGUGGUGACGGGGAAGCAUAGGUAGGCAACGACGAAGCGGGUGGGUAAGAAGGCCGUAAGGGUGGUAUCGAAUGCGGAGGAAGAGGGUGUUGGGAUUAGGAUAUAACAAGGGUGUAAAGCCAUGCAAGGAUAUCUGUGGAAUGGUACCGACC